UGUAGUGGUGGAAAUACAAAAACAACAUAACCUUAAAUUAGCAAGUCCUCAAUAAAUAGUUUUUAAUUAAUAAAAUGGAUUUGAAGUGUCGUUUAUGUUUAAUUAAAACUGAACCAGGCUCUUCUGUUAAUAUUUUUAAAUCUGGCAUCGUUGGGGGAGGUAAUGAAAUCAUCUGUGAUUUAGUAAUGAGUUUAGCACCAGAAGUAAAAAUUUUUCCUGAAGAUAACUUUCCCCAGUUGGUGUGUAAAGAAUGUUUGCAGAAAUUGAACCGUUGCAUUGAAUUUAGAACAUUAAUAAUAACAUCAGAUGCUAAAUUAAAAAGCCAGAAUAUAGUAAUGAAGCUUAAAGCAGCAGUAUCUUCAGUGUUGAAUUUUAGUGAGACARCUCCAAGUAAGCACACUUUUAUUGAAAAUUUAAGUGAAACAAUAGACAAAAAAGAAGAUAUUGAUAUUCAAGAUGAAGAUAUUAAAUCAAAUAGCAUUAAAGAAAUGAAAUGUCAUGAGACUGAAAAUAAUUAUUUGAAAGAAUGUAAAGAUGUUAAAUUUUUACCAGUUAAAAAAAAGCAAAAACACGAACAAAGGAAACCUGUUAUAAAAACACACAAAUGUGAAGAGUGUAGUUUAAUGUUUAGGUACAAAUAUCAGUAUAUUGCACACAGGUAUAAGCACACUGGUGAUCCGCCCUAUUGUUGUGAUUUAUGUAAUAAAGGUUUUGGAAUGAAAUAUCUGUUAGUCCACCAUAGGAGGACUCAUUUUGAAGAACGUCCUUACAAGUGUGAAGACUGUGACAAAGCGUUUAAAUUUCAGAGCGUUCUAAUUAUUCAUAGAAGAAUCCACAAAGGGAUAAAACCUUACAAAUGCGAUUUGUGUGAUAAAAGUUUCAUACAAUCGGGCGGUUUGCAGGUGCACAGGAGAAGACACACUGGGGAAAAGCCAUACAUUUGCGAAUUUUGCAGCAAAACGUUUGCAGGACAUGACUCCCUUUGUAAGCAUCUGAAGGUACAUCAAGAAGGACCUUCAGUGUUAUGUCCAACUUGUGGAAAGGGAUAUAAGACUGAGCAUUAUAUGAAAUUGCACAUGAGGAAAUCUCACUUUGGUGAAAAGCCAUACAGUUGUGAAAUUUGUCAAAAGAAGUUUGCAGUUAAGACUAAUGUGAAGAUUCAUAUGAGGAUACAUAGUGGAGUUAAGCCUUUUGAGUGUAAAGUGUGCAAGAAAAGCUUUACUCAGGCUAGUAUCUUGAUGAGACAUAUGAGGACGCAUUCCGGAGAAACUCCUUAUCACUGCACUGACUGCGAGAAAAGGUUUGCCUACUCGCACCAUCUUUUAAAACAUGUGCAAAAAGAACAUACAAAAGCUAGUUUUUAGGUUGUUUCUGAAUAAUAACAAUAAAAUUAGGCCAAAUUUU